AUGUCUGUUGGCAGUCUAGGAAGCGACGGAGCCCUUGCACUAGCCAUUACUCAUGCAGUAGUAUUUCACUAUCUCGACGGGAAGUUUGAAGAUGAUCCAAAUAUCCCGUCACAAACCUAUGUCACGGCCGCAUCAACUAUUGUGGCUAAUGUGAUUAGCUUCUGUAUCCGCAUCUGCCUGGCAGCGGCGUUUACUCAAUAUUUCUGGCGUCUUGUCCGGAUUUCUCCCAUGCGGCUUGAAACCUUAGAGUUCCUCUAUACUAUGAGAGGAAGUCCAGCGUCGUUCUUCUCUUUCACUGUACUUCAAAAAGGAUGGUUGCUAGCUAUUAUUACAAUGGUCCUAUGGGUUGUUCCUGUCGCUAUGAGUUUCCCACCAAGCUCAAUGACUGUCAGGAGUAUGGUAAGAACACGCGAGGUAUACCAGGCUCAAAUGCCAGGUAUGAAUCUCUCAGAGGUACUCCGUGCUGAACAGUUGUCAUUUGCAGCCAUGGGGCUUCAAAUCAAGCCUGUUAUAUACCAGCUGGCUACAGAAACUAUCGUGAACGGCAUGCCACACAAAAUGAGCUCGCCCUGCGGGCUAAAUUGCUCCUAUGAGCUUUCCUUUGAUGGGCCAUACCUGAGCUGCAACAAUACCGAUUUUGAUAAAAUUAGUCCGCAGUACAACAUGAGUGCUGCUGCGAUCUAUGCGUUAGAAAGCAACUGGACGGUGACACCGAAUGCAAACCCAAAGUUCAACCCCAUUCUAGAAAGUUUUCAAAUAAAGAAUGCGGAAGUAUAUGAUUGGGUUCGGAAUGAUUCCGCGGACACCGUUCGAUUUAAAUACACCUCACAUGUGCUGACAUGUAGCCCUCGUCGGGCGAAAUACCACGUCGUUCAGAGGUUUGACAACGGCCAACAGUUCUCAACCGUUACCAUGGGAGACGUGCAUGACUUAGUGCCGAUGGAUGAAAAAUUCUAUUUUUCCAAGAACAACAUGACGCAAGCUGUGGUUGACACAAUUCGUGAUCGUAAUAUAAUGGCACUGAUUAUGGCAAUGACUAAAGGCAUAUCCGGGAACGUAGGUGCAAUUGUUUCAGGCGGGUCUUCAACAGAACCGAUCUCACAGGAGGCGGCGUUCUCAACGCAAUUGAUGCAAGACAAUCUUCUCGUCCAAUCCACCCGUCUUUUCAAUGGAUUCAGCGAUUCUUGGGAAGGAACUCUCACGACUUUGUACAGUCUCUUCACUGUAAAUGAAGAGAUUCUUAACUCGAUGCUGGCGAACGUCACCAUUAGCGCAAUCAACCAUUUUCAGCUCUGGCCAACUUCGGUCAAUGUGACACGACAGGAUCUAUAUACACAGUAUGUGUGGUCUCGGCCGCUGAACCUUCUUCUCCCAUAUUUCCUCUCUCUAGGUGUUGCUCUACCGUUGGCAGUUUUGGGCUACUGGUCGCUGCGUCAGAAUGGUGUUCCAGCAACGGACAAUGGAUUCCUACAAAUCGCAAUGACCACAAGGGGAAAUUAUAAACUCGAUCAGCUAGCGAUGGGAGGUUGCUUGGGAGGAAACCAUAACGAGUCCAAUGAACUCAAAAACCUCGAGGUUCAGUUUGGAGAGCUGGUUCAGCCGGAUAGAUCCAGGUUGGACAUGGAGCCACACCAACUAGGAUAUCACACAACAGAUGUCAGAUUGGCUGGAUUUGCACCCAAAGAUGAAGUUGCUCCCCUCGUGGUUGGAAAACAAUAUGGGAAGCUGUCUGAAGACCGCGGAUCACUAGAACACCCUUGA